GGCUUUCUUUUCAUUUUCAGUCUCUGUUUGCAAGCAAAGUCGCGUGGAUUUGCGGGCCAACUCUUCGACUCUCGAGGCAGGCGACGGCAAAAUGGCAGAGAGUAAAGGAGCCCUGAUCGCCAAGACGUUACAGAAACACGCAGGAAGGACCAAAGAAAAGAUCCUGCAAAACUUGGGCAAAGUAGACAGAACCGCGGACGAGAUCUUCGACGAGCACCUCCAGAAUUUCAACAAGCAGCAGGCCCAAACCUCGCGCCUCCAGAAGGAGUUCAACAAUUACAUCCGCUGCAUCAGAGCUGCCCAAGUCGCGAGCAAAUCCUUGUGGGACGCCGUUUCAGAUGUGUACGAGACUUCUUGGCAGGGUAGAGAUGUCGUCCUGCAAGACACUCAAGCGUUGGACGUCUUGUGGCAGGACUACAGUCACAAGCUGGCAGACCAAGUGCUCAUCCCUCUCAACACGUACCAAGCACAGUUCCCAGAGACCAAGAAAAAAAUCGACAAGCGAGGCCGCAAGCUGGUCGACUUCGACAAGGAGAGACACAAUUUGCAGGGGUUACAGAAUUCGAAUCAGGGCAAGCAGCGCAACGAAGCCCGCCUGGGCAAGGCCAAAGAGAACCUGGACGAGGCGCGCAGGACGUACGAAAUUCUCAACUCCGAAUUGCACGACGAACUUCCCGCGCUCUACGACUCCAGGGUGCUCUUCAUUGUAACCCACCUGCAGACGCUCUUCGCCUCCGAGCACCUUUUCCACACGGAGACUGCAAAGCUUUUCACAGAGCUCGAGUCAGUCGCUGACAAGUUGGCCACAGACUGCCAGCGUGGAGCUUACACUCUCAGGAAGAGCACAACCAUCAACAGCAACGCAGCUUCUCCAAAGUCUCCUAUUUCCAGCAACUCAACCAAUGGCAAUGCCAGUCUUCCUGCGUCUCCUGCAUCAGAAAAGAACGUGAGUGGUGUAGUGGCGAUGAACAGCGCGAAUUUCAACGACUCCUCCGCCGCCACCACCACCCCUAACGGUAACGCUAAACAGCCCUCGUCCCUGUCCCCACCCACCACGCCGCCGUCGAGUCCCCCGACGGCCUCCGCCAUGGUCAACAACUCCUCCCUCACCAACACCACCACCACGGUGACCGCCUCGAGUCCUCCCCCUCCCCCCAUGCCCACGACUAACAACGCGACGGCCGCCAAUAAAAAUAGCAACAACCCCGAGGAACUGUAUGAUAUUCCAGUCGGAGCCACUACUGAAAAUCUGCCACCUGGUGUGCUUUACCGAGUAAAGGCCACAUACAAAUACAGCAGAGAGGACGUUGACGAGCUGUCCUUCGAGGUUGGAGAAAUCAUGCGAGUUGUCGAGUACGAAGACCCUGAGGAACAGGAGGAGGGUUGGCUGAUGGGUAUUAAGGAAGGCACCGGCGAGAAAGGCAUGUUCCCCGCCAACUUCACGCGUCCGAUCUAAGCAGUAGCAGAGGCACCGCGCGCGCGCGACUAGCAGCAGCAACCCAUCAAAAUAAAUAAACGAGAGAGAAUUCAGCCGAGUGGAUUCGGAUUUCUGCGACAUCAUCCAUUGCUCACGAUACAAAAGCGUUACCUUGUUGAACCAUGAGUGCCUGUUGAGACGUAAAUCAUGUAAACCCCUGCCACGACAGAGAGAAAGACUCUUUCUUCGCAGGGCUUGUCUGUUUCUCAUUCAAAGAUAAUAAUUGCCAAAAUUGUUAUUAGCAGUGUAGAGUGCAUAUCCUGAACAAGAAAAGAAUCAUUUCUAAUUGAUUGACAGAUUUCCCCAAAGUAUUUUUUUCUUAUAAAAACUCUAUUUUAAACUUUACCUAAUUACAGUACUGUGUUUUUUUUAUUUAAAUUAAAAAAAGGCUUUUAAUUUGAUCAAGAAUUUUUUUUAAUGUUCAGACAUGUUAAAAGUCGGUAAAACCCGUCUAAAAAUGUGCUUAAUCUGUCUGAAAAUAGUGAAAAAUUGACAUAAAUCCCAAAAUGUUUGGAAAUGCACUCACUCCAGCAGUCAAUUAAAAUUUUUUUGCGUCUUGGCAAUGUUUGUCUUUCGAUGUGGGUGUAUCUUUUGUUGAUUAAUGAAUUAAUUACUCCGCCCGCAGUGCUUGUACAUUUACACCAUAUAUAUAUUCGCGAAAAAGGGAGGCAGCAGAAAUAUUUGCGGAUUUUUUUAGCAGCAGUUGGCCGCAAGUUUUGUCUUUUUUUAAAUUAUUAUACACACACACGUGGGACUGCCGGAUGAACCCGCCAGAAAAUGCCACCAAUUGAAUUCCUAGUCGAGAUUUUCAGCUCUUUUUGUCAGUUUCAAGCAGCAGCUCUUCCCUCAUCAAGUGCCAGAGAGAGAAUCUGGACCAAAAGUGCCAGAAUAGAAUUCCUCCCCUCACUAAUUUAUUGAAAAAUGGUGCAAAUCAAGGAAAAUCUGUCCAGACAGAGGAAUAUUUUAAUGCUUAACACAAUUUUCCUCUCGAUAGCAUAUUCUAUUUUUGUUGGUGGAUGGGUGGGUGGUUAAAACAAAAGACCUGCUCCAGGGUUUUGAAGAUUAACACAUUAAUGACAAAUUAAAAGAAUAAAAAAUCGAAGGCCUUGCAAGUGUAGCUGUUGAAAGAAAUCAACUCAAAUGUGAAUCUUAGUCUGAUGAUUAUCCUGAGCCACAAAACAUGGCCGGUUUGCGAAAUGUUGAUAUAAAUCUAUUAUACAUACUCGAAACAUGAGAUGCUUACUUAGUUGAUGGAAUGUUUAAUGAUUACUUGUAAAUAAAUAUAUUAUAUAUAUAUAAAAACUCACCGAAUCUGCAACUCACGGAGAAUUUUGUACAGUGCGCUGCUCCGCCAUAUUUUAUUUUAGCCGUCGAUUCAAGUUUGCGACUGAAGUGAGGAUGAUAGAAUAUAUAAUUAAUUGUUGUUGUGCAUGAUUACCCCCGUCUUGAAAUUCCCUCAUCUCCGCCAGUGCAAUAAUGUUUUUAGCAUUUUUUUUUUAACACACGCGUCUCUUUCUCGAUCGAGGUCAUUUAAUAGUUUGUAGUGAAAUUGCGUCCGAGCUAGAGAUUUGUCAGCAGCAGCAGCAGUCUUCCUUUCUCACUCUGUCUCUGUUAAUUAUUUUGUGCGCUCCACUCAUACAUGUCUCUUUAAUUUUGCAGAAUGCAUUCAAGAAAAGAACUCACAAAAAACUCUCUGAAUAUCAUGUACAGUUUUUACAACAAUUUGAAAUAAAACUGACAAAACACCAAACUAAA